UAACUCUCUGGAGAAGGGACUUAAACUAAAUUGCAAAACGUCAGGAAUCCUAGUUUCUACUCAUUUGGAUAUCAUAGAUGCCCUAUUACUUUGCUAUUAACAAUCUGUCCAAUGUUAAAUUGAUUUGUAAUUAUUAUGCUAAACCUUGGUAAUGAUACCAAAUUUUUAGUUGCCGCACCAAAUCUGAACAAACAAUCUAUUUCGAAAACGGUUGAAUGAAGCCUUACAUCAACAAUUCCACAUGCAUUUUGUACAAUAACAGUCCUUACUAGACUAUUUCACAUACUCAAGACCGAGUGAUGUAAAUGAAUCUUCACUGAAGUUGCAUACUCACAUCUAAAUUACUAUUGGUUUUUCGUGAACAUUACUUUUGUUACCACACUAAAGUAGGACACUGAAAUUUUUGUGACCAAUCAUAUGUCUCAUUGGUUAACCAAUUGCGUCUAAAAAGUAAUUUUAAACCCAGGUAUUUGGACGGUAAACAUUAAUUCGUUUUGUUUAUGAAAUGGCUUGUCUUGUGAGCGAGAAGGUGUACAGUUGGAAGGACACUAACCUUGCACUUUUCGGGUCCGAUGUAGAAAGAGCUGUAAAAAAGGAAUCUGCUGAGAAAGAGCCAGCAUGGGGACCGGUACGAAAGAUUGCCUCCUCUACUCUAAUGGUCUGGCGAAUAAAAAAUUUCCAGUUAGAAGUUGUUCGGGGUGAAGACAUUGGCAAAUUUUUCCGUGGUGAUUCCUAUAUUGUUUUAAAUACCGAAAAAGUUGGUGAUGAACUGUUGUAUGAUGUUCAUUUUUGGAUUGGACGUGAAAGCACUGCGGAUGAAUACGGAACAGCAGCUUAUAAAACGGUUGAAUUGGAUACUUUUCUUGAUGAUAAAGCAGUUCAACAUCGAGAAGUUGACGGAUUUGAGUCUGAUUUGUUUAAAACUUAUUUUAAUCGCUUUGAAACUCUUGCAGGUGGAUAUGCAAGCGGAUUUAAUCAUGUAAAGCCGAACGAAUAUAGACCUCGUCUUUUACUGUUUCAUUCAGUUGAUCGUAAAAAUAUGGAAUUGAUUGAAGUGCCAUUUUCAAGACGUUCUUUGGAUUCAACAGAUGUCUUUAUUUUGGAUAUGGGUACUGAAGCAUAUCAGUGGAAUGGACGUGGGUGCACUAAAGAAGAAAAAUUCAGGGCAAGUCAGUUUUUACAACAACUGGAGUCUGAUCGAAAUGGAAGGUGUAAAACUGAGGUGACAGAUGAAGAUGGUUCUGAGGAACAUAAAAAGUUCAUUAGUUUAUUGCCAGACGUUGCAAUAGAAAAAAAAGUUGAACAAAAAAUAGGCAAGAAAGUAAUUUACAGAGUUUCAGAUGAAAGUGGUAAAAUGGAGAUUUCACUUGUAUGUGAAAAUGCAUUGCCGAAAGCGUCCCUAACAGAAAACGAUGUGUAUCUCAUUGACAGUGGACAAUCUCUAUUUGUUUAUAUUGGAGUGAAAUGUAGUAGACGGGAAAAAUUGGAUGCAUUAUCUCAUGCACAUGAUUACUUACAAAAAACUGAUCAUCCAUUCGCUCCAAUCACUGUUGUAUCGAAUAAUCGUAAAUCGAAAGAAUUGGAUAAACUGCUCGAAUAGUAUUGAAUAGCAGUUAGAAAAAAGGUGAAUGAUCAUGUCAACUUUAAUUAAAUGGACUGAGAUUUCAAGUAAUAUUAAUUCUGUCAGUAUUCAUAAUAUCAUUACAAUAUAUUCUGAAGUUAUAUUUACACUUAUAAAGUGUAUUAUUAUAUGCAUGAAUACUAUUUAUUUGUACCUUAAUUAUCUUAUCUCGUUAUUUAUUCAACCAAUAUUGGUUUGAAUAUUAUGUGUUAUGUGUUUUCAAAUAAAUAAUUGUUUUUCUUCCUAAUGUGUUAUGUCCUUAUAGCCUGUUAAUAUAUCAAAUGACUAAAUCGCCAAUUAAAAACACCGACUUCCAUGAUCGGACCAAUGACGCAUUAACUAACAUGAGCAGCUUAGAGUCAACUCAGAGUUCUUAUUGAUCCUCAGAGAUAGUAGCUUCUCGCCUAAACCACUCGGUUCAAUCCAGAACAUCAAUAUCAGCCUCCACUAUAUGAAUCGUGUAUUACAAACAUAAGCAGUUUAUAUACAAGCAAAUCAGACUGUAUCAUACCAAAAAACAGGAAAUAACAAUUACAAAAAAUCAGGCUCUAAGUAUCCGUGACUGUGAGAUACUGUAACUGAUAAAUUGGGAAUAACUUGGGUUAAUUUAAUUUGGUUAUUUAUUCUCUAAAGUGGCUUACACGGAGUCACGAAAUGUCAGAAAAUCAAGUUUAUAACAAUCUACUCAAUGCUCG